AUGUCAGAAACCCUCCCACACUCAGUCUCCAUCGCCGCCGGGCCCUCAUCGAAACUGUCUGACAACGGCGGCGUGGUACUCCAAACUGCCGUCCUCACAACGGAAGAUGUUGUUCAACAACAAACAACAAAGCCAACUACAACAGAUUACGGAGAACCCUCUGCAACUUCGUGUCUUUCUCUAGGCCCACGGAAGUUGACUAGGCGCUUUACAAAGUUCAUACGUUCGAAGCGCCACAAAACCAGAGGCGGACCUCCACCAGAAUAUCCGAUUCAGUCGUCAGAUCGAGACUCAAAUGAGCUCGUAAGAAUUUCAGAACCAGAGCUCAGGGGACGCAGGACCACGGCAAGAUUACCCCUUGGUGUCAACAGACUACCAUUGCUCUAUGACGAUGGUCAAGGAUCCUGGACGGGUGAAUUCGGAUACAUUUACAGCGGCGGCAUGGAUUUCACCAGAUCACGCCUGAGUCUUAGUUUCGGCGGCAAUGCUGGACCUGCUCCCCCUCCUUCCUCUGGAGCAAAGGAUUUUGACCAGCGAGUGGAUUCGAGAACUGUCGAAGGCUUCGAAGACGCAAGCAAUGGUGUCGUAGAACAAGAGCCAAGGAAUACAAGCAACUUGGGCGAAGCAGGUGUCGAGAGCGAUGCUGCUCAAGAUCAGCAUCUCUUGGAGGAUGAUGGCGCCCAUGACAACACUGAAGACCAGCACAUGUUGAGCGAGGCAAGGGAGGUGGAGCUUCCAGAGGACAGAUGCGGGUCUUGCUAUGAGAACGAAGAUGAAUGCGGCGAUACUGGAUGCAGUCGCCAAAGCGCUGAAAGUUGCUGUAGCAGUGUUGGUGAUAACUCAUAA